UACGAGAUUGGUUAUCCUACUCUAAACACCAGGUUUUGAGUUUUACUUUAGCCUACUGGAUACUUUUUUCCUCCAAUUAUGGCUCAGACGGUAACUCUGAACGGACCUUCACCUUGGGGUUUUCGGCUGGUCGGUGGAAAGGAUUUUAGCACACCGUUGACAAUUUCGAGGAUAACACCUGGAAGUAAGGCAGCGCUCGGGGACCUGUGCCCGGGAGACACCAUCCUGGCCAUCAAUGGAGACAGCACAGAGAGCAUGACGCACAUGGAAGCCCAGAACCGCAUCAAAGCAUGCACAGAACAGCUCGUCCUAGCAAUCAGCAGGUCUGGAAAGAAAGUCUGGUCCCCAACUGUAUUAGAAGACUGCAAGACAACAAGCCCAUACUCAGGGUCUGAGUCACAGACCUUCCAACCUAUCAGCGGUGGAAAUACUCCAAAACCGAGAAGCCCCAUCCAGUUCACACCCGUCAACAACAUCAGCCCCAGACCAAGUGUCCAGUACAAUAAUCCAGUCGGGCUGUAUGCAAACAACAACGGGAACGGUCCCCUGGCCAGGCAGAUGGCCGGCCUUGAUCUCAGCUCUCCAAACAGCCCUGAACCUCCACUGCACUCCCCGGCGAGCCGUAACGGAUUUGACACGGAGUCCGACGUCUACAAGAUGCUGCAGGACGCGGAAGAGCCUGUGUCAGCUCCCAAACAGUCAGGCUCCUUCAGAUACCUCCAGGGAAUACUGGAGGCCGAGAAUGGAGGUGUGUCCCCCACAGACAGAUAUGGCGCGAGAGGCCUGCGUUCUCCAGUCAGAUCCCCAGUGCCUAAACUGGGAAGCCCCAUCCCUGGACCUGUUUCCCCCAUCGGCGGAUUGCAGAAACUGCCUCAGUGCACACGCUGUGGUAAUGGCAUAGUGGGAACCAUAGUGAAAGCCAGAGACAAGCUUUACCAUACAGAGUGUUUCAUGUGUGAUGACUGCGGCAUUAACCUGAAGCAGAGAGGCUACUUCUUCAUCGACGACAACCUGUAUUGUGAGACCCACGCCAAGGCCAGGGUGCAGCCUCCAGAGGGUUACGAUGUGGUGGCCGUUUACCCCAACUCCAAAGUGGAACUUGUCUGAUUCUUCACCCACACACUUGUACACACACACACACACACA